AUGGUUGCUAAUAUGCCACAGCAGCUGCAUGUUGCGCCUAAUGAUAUUAACUGCAACGCGGCUACCAAUCUUGGAUUUGUCGGAGACACCUCUGAGGCACCGCUUGCAGUGAUCCCCGAGUCCAAUUACGAGGAGUCAGGAACCCCACCUCAGUUAGUUGAAGCAAUGGUUAAUUCACAGAACCAGAUUCCGCAUGUUGUUACUGGAAUUUCAGAGAGUAUGAAACUACAGAAGUCACUAACAGGAGGAAUGGAAGCGAAUGAGAGUGAAAAUCUGACGAAAACUAGCAUUGCUGAUAAAUGGCUGAAAGUCCCGCAAUAUGCAGAUGGUGUGGGAUCAGAGAUAAACGCAGCCAAUCAAAGGGUCCAGACACCAAAUACAAGUUACGUUUCUGCCCACGGUGGAUCCGAACAGGACGGAACUACUAGGUCUCCAUACUAUGCGUCCUGUGGCACCCAGGAGAGACCGAAAGGCUCAAAUAUGCCGCAAAAAGUUGCUGGAAAAGGGGAUGUUCCGUUGUCGUCAUUCCCGCGAAAAGAAACCGACGUAUCAGAUUCGGCAGAUUCAUAUGACUCUAUACAAAGGGCCGAUUUUGUGUGA